AUGAUACACACGUUUGGUGCGCAUGGAACUCCAGGAUCGAUAAAAAAAAAGGAUCCAGAGGAAACGGGCGAUGUCAGCACCAUCUUCGAAUCAUUACAAUUGGCGUGUCAAUCAAAGGUCGUUUCCCUGAUGACCAUCUCAUUGGAUUGCAUAGGGAAACUUUUCUCAUACAAUUAUUUGGUGGAACCCGACCAACGCUACACCGCCGAAGGUGAGAGGGGGCAACAGCACGAAGACAAUAAAGAAGAUCCCGGGAGGCUCUUGAUAGAUCGAGCGGUCGAUGUCGUAUGCGAUUGUUUCAUCGGUGAAAAUACCGACGAUCAAGUGCAACUACAGAUAAUCAAGGCGCUUCUUGCAGCCGUGUCGUCGACAGUCGUUCCCAUUCAUCAGUCAUCUCUUCUCAAGUCCAUCCGUACAUCCUACAAUAUAUUUUUGCUCUCCAGAAAUUCCAAAAAUCAGACCAUUGCGCAAGGGACAUUGACGCAGAUGAUUCAUCAUGUAUUCGGUCGCAUAAAUAUCAGUAAUGAGAGCAAAUUCGAGUCACAGGCCAUGGAUCGAAAAACGAGCAGCAGUGUUUCAACAAUUGACGAGUCGAGAUCAGAGCACAACUUUGAUUUGGAAAUAAAGGAAGGCGGCGACGACUUUGAUGGGCAGUAUGGCGAGAAGCAAAAUGGGGAACACGACGGGAAAGGUAGUUUGGAUGCGGAAAGUGUCUACGUCGAAGACGAUCAGGCGUCCGUGAAGUUGGAAAAUGCUGAUGAGAAUUUUAAUGAGGAGGGCAUCGUCGGAACACCCGUGAAAUUGGAGGGCGUACAUGCGUUGGAAUUUGGACAAUGGAAUGAUGCCACAAAUUCUGGUGAGGAUGUUGAGAAAGUUAUCGGGGAAGAAGUGGAGGAUUUCAAAGGUCCGGAAAGUGCCCCCGUAGAAGAAAAAAUGACCCUGAGCUCAUUUGAAAACCGAAAAUCGUUCGAGGCCGAACACAGCAACAGCAGUGCCAGCAAGGAGGAGCUCUUUGUCAAAGACGCAUUCCUGGUCUUUCGCUCUCUGUGCAAGUUGUCCAUGAAAUCCAUGCCGACCUCAGAUUUAAAGUCACAUUCGAUGCGGUCAAAGCUUUUGUCGUUGCACCUGAUAUUAACCAUAUUGAAUUCGCACAUAAACGUGUUUCUCUCGCCCAACGUCUUGAUCACCUCGUCCACAACACACGAGAGAACUAUGUUUGUACUGGCGAUCAAGCAAUAUUUGUGUUUGAGUUUGAGUAGAAAUGCUGCGAGCCAUGUGCCCCAGGUGUUUGAAAUAAGUUUGGAAAUAUUUUGGAAGUGCAUCAGCAAACUUAGGAGUCAUUUAAAGAAAGAGAUCGAAGUAUUUGUCAACGAAAUAUUUUUGCCAAUUUUGGAAAUGAGGGGUUCUUCGACGAAACAAAAGUGUGCGCUCUUGAAUAUCCUCGCGAGGAUCUGCAGUGAUCCUCAAACUUUGGUGGAAAUCUAUUUAAAUUAUGACUGUGACAGGGAGGCAAUGGAUAACACUUAUGAACGGAUUGUGAACAUCGUGUCCAAGAUAACAACGACCUAUACGGCUGUCACUUCUUCUCCCAAUCCCGUGACCAUCAACGCCGACAAGGAUUCACCGAACAAUGGCUCCACAAUAUCACUCACGAGCACGUCAUCUUUGAGCUCCGUCAUCAUUCCACCCUCUCUUUCCACCAAAGCGAUCACCGAGUCAACAUCUUCGCAGCUUCACCAAAACCUUCCUGACGAACUGGCGUUGAAGUACCAAGGCCUCGAGUGUUUGGUGUCCAUUCUACGUUCCCUAGUGGCAUGGUGCGGCAACAAAUCUUCGUCAGAGAGCGCGGAUGAAGAAAAAGAAGAGCAUCCCAGAAGGAGCGAGGAGACGAUUGAGUUUACCUCACUUCAGUCUUCUCACACAAACAAAUCAUCGCCUUCGUCGUCCACCAUGUCGGUCCCCGGCUCGAUGUACAGCGUCUCAACGGACGCAAAAUUAGCGAAGCCCGUCGACGAUCCAGAGGAGUUCGGAAAUUUGAAACAGCGAAAGCAGGUGCUCCAGGAAGGAAUCAAGACAUUCAAUUUCAAGCCCCAAAAAGGUAUCAGUUCAUUAGUAGCCGCGGGUUUCAUCAAGAGCACCGAACCGGCGGAGAUUGCGAGAUUCUUGCUGACUACCGAAGGUCUAGGCAAGGCAAUGAUCGGGGAAUAUUUGGGAGAAGGCGAACCCGAGAAUAUCGCCACCAUGCACGCAUUCGUUGACCUAAUGAAUUUUGAAAAUAUGAAUUUUGUCGAUGCGUUGCGAUCAUUUCUUCAGUCAUUCCGAUUGCCCGGAGAAGCUCAGAAGAUUGAUCGAUUCAUGUUGAAGUUUGCCGAACGUUAUGUAGACGGGAAUCCCAAUCAAUUCGCUAAUGCAGACACCGCCUAUGUGCUCGCGUAUUCGGUCAUCAUGUUGAACACCGAUCUUCACAACCCGCAGAUUAAGCGUCGAAUGACAAAGGAGGAAUUCGUAAAAAACAAUCGUGGAAUAAAUGACAAUUCUGAUCUGCCCGAAGAAUUUUUGGCGUCCAUUUUUGAAGAGAUUCAGAAUAACGAGAUAAAAAUGAAAGAUGAACAUGACGCCGCUCUGAUGCAGCAGGUUCCGGCCUCUCCUGGAGGUAUCGGUAUCUCGAACAUAGGCAGCGCGAUAGUCAACGCGGGGAGAGAUCAUAAGAAAGCGGCUCAUCAAGCUGUCUUGAAGGAGAUGGCAAAUAAGACGGAGACCUUGUUCAAAUCCAUGCUGAGGGCCCAACGUCGUGGUAUCUACACAGCAAACACAACUUUCUAUAGUGCUUCGCACUUUGAGCAUGUUCGGCCCAUGUUCUCGGUCGCGUGGAUGCCUGUCCUGGCCGGGCUGUCGGGACCACUGCAAGAUACCGAAGACAUGGAGACGGCAAACCUCGCUUUGGAAGGAUUCAAACUUGCAAUUCGUAUCAUUUGCCUUUUCGACAUGGAACUUGAGCGAAACGCGUUUGUCACUACAUUGGCCAAGUUCACAUUCUUAAAUAACCUCGGGGAAAUGAAACCGAAAAAUGUGGACGCUAUCAAGACCCUCUUGGACAUCGCGUUGACCGAAGGAAAUUAUUUGAAGGAUUCGUGGAAGGAGGUUUUAACUUGCGUGAGUCAGCUGGAAAGGUUCCAAUUGAUAAGCUCCGGCCUUGAUCAAGAUGUGGUUCCGGGCAUCUCCGUGAGAAAAUCUUCAAGGCACCGCUCUCUGGACAACGGAACGAGACGUUCAAUAUCCAAAAGAUCAUUUUCGUCGCGACCUAAUUCACAGAUCACGUAUGCCGAGGACGUCGCGUUAGAAAGCAAAUCAUCCCAAGUGGUGGUCGCCGUUGAUAGGAUUUUUAGUUCAAGUUCAAAACUUUCCGGGACAGCAAUAGUGGAAUUCGUGAGAGCGUUGAGCGGCGUUUCGUGGGAGGAAAUACAGUCGUCAACUAUGACCGAACAUCCAAGGAUGUUUAGCUUACAAAAGUUGGUCGAGAUUUCCUACUAUAACAUGGGUCGUAUAAGGAUGGAGUGGUCGAACGUGUGGGCAAUAUUAGGAGAACAUUUUAAUCAGGUUGGGUGUCACCCAAACAUAAAUAUCGGCUUCUUCGCCAUAGAUUCCCUCCGUCAGUUGGCUAUGCAAUUUUUGGCCAAGGAAGAGCUCCCCCAUUUCAAAUUUCAGAAAGACUUUCUUCGGCCGUUCGAACAUAUCCUGACCAACAGUUCGAAUAUUUCCAUCAAGGAUAUGGUCUUGCGCUGCAUUCAACAAAUGAUCCAAGCAAAGUCCCAUAACAUCAAAUCCGGUUGGAAAUCUUUAUUCGGUGUAUGUUCGGCUGCCGCGAGGGAGGACGAAGAGUCGAUCGUUUCGAUGGCAUUCGACAUAGUCAGGCUGCUAAUCAAUGACCAAUUUGAUGAUGUGGUAUCCAACAGUAACUAUCCUGACCUCAUGAUGCUGGAGUAUCCUCAGUAUAGAAUUCACGAACCUAUUAAUGGUUCAGGUGGAGUGACUCCUACCAACAAGGUGAUUACGAACGACGAUCCGUCUUUCAAAUUUUGGUAUCCGCUAUUAUUCGGAUUUCACGAUGUUGUAAUGAAUGGCGAAGAUUUGGAGAAUGAUACGUUGGCGCGAAUUGGAUGCUCCUGCUUGCAACAGUUGAUCGUGGAUAACAUAAAGAAACUUGAUUACGACCACUGGGGAAAAAUUUGUUCCAAGUUUGUCCAAUUGUUUGAGUCAACAACGCCGUACGAUCUACUCGAUGAAGACCGCCACUUUGUCGAAGCCGCAAAUGAGCUCAAUGGAAUGUACAGCGGUCAAAAUGAGAGUGGUGUGAAUGGAUUUGUAUCGGAAGUCGACCUGAACACGCGUUCAAUGAUCGACGAUAAUUACGUCGACUCAGAGUACUCAUCGACCACGACAAUUCCACCCAACGAACAACGAGCCCAAGAGUUUAAUCAGAUUAUUACCAAGUGCUUGCUUCAAUUACUUCUGAUCGAUGUUGUCAAUGAGUUGUUGAGCAAUGAAUUGGUGUACGAGUUGAUUCCUUCGGUGCAUCUGUUGAUAAUCGGAGAGUGUCUUGAAAAAUCGUAUCGUUUCGCGCGAAAGUUCAACGAAGACAAGAACCUGAGGAUCGCGCUAUGGAAAAUAGGGUUCAUGAGACAAUUGCCGAAUUUGCUUAAACAGGAGUCGAGCAGCGCAUCUUGUUACUUAAAUUUGUUGGUCAGGAUGCAUCGAGAUGAUUCGGCGGAUCGCAGAGAGAAGAAAGAGGAUAUCGAGGGAAAGUUGGUCCCGCUCUCUUUGCAAAUAUUCAAGCAUUAUAAUUCAUUGGAUCACGAUUCGCAGUCACGAAAUAUUAAUGCCUGGACGCCCGUAGUAAUUUCUGUUUUGAAUGCAUACGUCCGUUUCGACGAUGAUGAUGUACGAGAAGUUUUGAUUGUCAUUUCUUGA